AUGGAGGGGACAAUGCAGGAUGACGUCCCGCUGGUGGUCACCCGCUGCCUCGAUUACGCUGCCAAGUACCAUGGCUCCACGGAGGUGGUGUCCCGCACGGUGGAGGGCCCCAUCGUGCGCACCAACUACAAGGAGGUGCACUCCAGGGCGCAGGCCUUUGCCAAUGCCCUGCUGAGCAUGGAUUUCAGGAAGGGCGACCGCGUGGCCACCAUGGCCUGGAACACGCACCGCCACCUGGAGUGCUGGUACGCCAUCAUGGGCAUUGGGGCGGUGUGCCACACCCUCAACCCGCGCCUCUUCCACGCCGACCUGGAGUACAUCAUCAACGACGCGCAGGACUGCAUCAUCCUGGCAGAUAUCUCCUUUGCAAAGUCUCUGGAGGAGCUUGCCCCCAAGCUGCCCAGCGUGCGGCGAUACAUCUUCCUGACCGAUGAAGGGCACAUGCCCAAGGCCCCCAGCCUGAGGGCUCAGUGCUACGAGACUGUGGUGGCCGACUGGCUGCCCCGCUCCAAGGGUUUCAGCUGGCCCGAGCUCGACGAGCGACAGGGCUGCGGCCUGUGCUACACCUCUGGCACGACGGGGCGACCCAAGGGCGUGAUGUACACCCACCGCUCCAACGUGCUGCACGCCAUGGCCUCCGCUACGCCGGACGGCCUGGGCGGCGGCACCUCCGACACCAUGCUGGCGGUGGUGCCCAUGUUCCACGCCAACUCCUGGGGCAUCGCCUUCUCCGCGCCCAUGGUGGGCAUGCGCCUGGUGCUCCCUGCCGCCGCACUGGAUGGGCGCAGCGUGUACGAGCUGAUGGCGGCGGAGGAGGUCACCGUCACCGCCGGCGUGCCCACGGUCUGGCUGGCGCUGCAGGCGCACAUGGAGGCCGACCCGGCGCGCCGCCUGGAGCGCAUGCGCGUGCUGGUCAUCGGCGGGUCGGCCAUGCCGCGCAAGCUGCUGGACUUCUUCGGCGACCGGCACGGCAUCGACGUGCGCCAGAUGUGGGGCAUGACCGAGACCUCGCCCAUGGGCACCUUUGGCACGCCCGUGCACUCGGGGGGGGUGGAGCCCGGCCCCGAGGAGCGCGCAGCGCAGCGCCUGACCCAGGGCCGCCCCCACUUCUUGUCCGACCUGCGCAUCGUGGAUGAAUCGGGGCGGGAGCUGCCCUGGGACGGCAAGGCCUUUGGCAACCUGCACAUUCGUGGGCCCGUGGUGCUGCAGUCCUACUUCAAGGCGGGGCGCCCCGCGGUGGACGCCGACCGCUGGUUCGACACAGGGGACGUGGCCACCAUGAGCCCGCGCGGCUUCAUGCAGAUCACGGACCGCGCCAAGGACGUGAUCAAGAGCGGGGGGGAGUGGAUCUCCAGCAUCGAGAUCGAGAACGCGGCGGUGGGGCACCCGCAGGUGGGCGAGGCCGCGGUGAUCGCUGUGCCGCACCCCAAGUGGACCGAGCGCCCCCUCCUCGUGGUUGUGCCCAAGCCGGGACAGAACCCCAGCAAGGAGGACAUCCUGGGGUACCUGGCUGGGAAGGUGGCCAAGUGGUGGGUCCCCGACGACGUGGUCUUCCUCAAGGAGAUCCCGCACACCGCCACGGGCAAGAUCUACAAGCUGGCCCUGCGCAAGCAGCUGGGCGGCUACGAUUUUGGCCCCGCCUCCAAGCUCUGA